AUGCAUCGCUUGACUGAAUGGGUCGAACCUUUGCUAGCCGAAGGACUCGGUCAAUACAUCUCUUCAAAGAAUGCUACUUCCUUGACACAAGAUUCGAAGCAACAUUGCAGUAUUGUUGAGGAGCUCAGCAACCUUUGCGUUCGCCCUUUAACAGAUCAAUACCUCUUCUUGGUGGACUUUCGCUCAUCUGAAGGGGAUGUUGAAGCAAUUCUUACAGAUUCUGCCUCGACGAUUGAAGCUGUAUUUCCUAGAUACACUGUGAAGCCGUGGCAGACGAGAUCUCGAAGUCUGCUUACGAGCUUCCCCGCAGGCACUUUGUUUCAAAUAUCGAAGGCGGAAUUGCGCGUCUCCGAUUGUUUCGUUCCUCCGAGAAUUGAAUUGUGGGUGCACUCUUUCGAGAUCGUGGGAGACUUGGGGAAUGAAAUACCGUCCAUUACAAAAGAAAUAGGGGCAUCCUCGGAUCUAGGGCGUCUAUUGGAAUCAUAUGCUGAACUACACAACCACAAGAACACUCAGGAAGACACCAUAGUCAUGAGCUCUCCAUUACGCUCUCAAGAGAGCAGCUGUUCCUCGAAAGUGAAUUGUGAAGGUAUUGAUGACACGGACGUCAGCGAGAUGAAAGACAUGUCGCAACCGUUGUAUACGCAAAUCUCUCUGCCGCUAGCAACCAAGCACAAGCACCAUCCGUUGACCCCAACGCACCCACGCGGUUGUUCAGAGAUCAUGCCAAAUGAGAUGAUGAGCAUCCGGGACACGUCGCCAUUGCUGGUGGCAAGUAAGAGCGUGCAGGCGUCUAUUGCUCAUGUGGAGGACCCAGUGAACCGUGUCAAACCGAUGCUGAAUCAACUGAGUGCCAAGGUGCCGAGUUACAACAGCAUUCAAGGGCAGCAAGCCUCAAGCCGGAGCUGUGCAAAUCCUGUCAAGGAAGCCCUUGGUGACGCACCUUCGGUGUCUAAGAAUCGUGACCAUUGGCCAGGCGGAAGAACCCCAUUGACAAAUGGGAGAUAUCUUCCCCGUUAUAUCACAAAGCUCUCUAAGGAGCAACAACAGGUAUUAGAAACGGCCAAUGCGUGGCAGCCCUCGAAAGGACACCGACAAAUCCGUGGAUCACUCCCGAACCCCAUACUCAAGAUUUUCACAGAGCUUGCGGACGAGGCAUCUGAUGAAUCUUCUACUCAACGCAGCAUGAAGGAUCAAGUCGCUAUGAUUGCAGAAGAGCGAGCUGAAGGCAUCCAGCUUGACAAUGCAAGAGACAGCGACCGGGACUCUUUAGAUCGCGAAUCGAACGGCUCGAGCUCUCCUAUAUCAAUUUGUCCGUCAUGGCCUCCUACACCACAAAGUCCAGCUAUACUAGAGCCUGCUUUUCCAGAAAACAGCAGUCCACUCCAAGCACCAUACAGACGGUUUACCCCGUCUGUGCCGCGAUGUGGGAGCCCGAAUGGGAGCUUGGGCAGUGUCACUCAGGGGUGUCAGAUUGUCGAAAAUAAAUCAUUGGUAAACUCCCAAGAAGGAAAGAGCAUUGUAGACGCGACGGAAUUUUCAAGAGAUGACGAAAGUGCUGGGGUUGCACAAAAGCUAUCACAGUCUUCCCAGGGGACGAUCGAUUCCGCAAAGUCUAAAAGGAAGAGAGAGUGUGACAGCCCAAGGGUAUCACCGGAGCAUGGUUUGCCUCAAGAUGGAGAUCAAGAACAAUUCCAAACCAUUGAGCCUCUCAGGCCCCUGCUGGUGCACUCGAAUGCAGAUGAGUUUUCUCAGCGAGACCCUAUACUGACGGCUCCGCACACCCAACAUAAACUAAAUCAUCAAACAGCCGGCGGCAAGGCCCUCAUCCAUGUGCAAAGGACACCUUUCGUUCCUCAAACUUCCAGUUUGAUUGGGGGUCCAGAUGUUUGCGAGCAUCAAGCCAUCUUCCCAUACAAGAAUGCAGAUGAACCAGUGGCCAAUGACCAAGAACCCCGAUCGUCCACGUCUGUUGUGGCAGGCACUUGCAUGUAUCCGCAAGCAGAAUCGCUCAAGCAGUCUGAAGUAGGAAGUAGGAUGUCUCUUCAUGGCGGUUAUGAGUACUCUAAGGAUGAGCAAAUGGAGGUGGAAGUCGUACACGACAUCAUCCCCGCCUUAGAAACUGCUGAUUCCUUAAAUGCUACGUUUGACGCUCCUUCAUCAAGCCCAAACCCAUCAAUAUCCCCGCCAGAAGAACGUCAUUCUGACUCUCGACUUGGUAAGAGAAAGUACUGUAACGAUGAUUAUGGUACACCAGUGGCCGAACUAGCCGGGUCUGCAGAUGGUCGCAGGGCUCACUUGAGUCCGGUACUCUCGAAAAGACUACGGAGAACGAGCGAAUUUCCAUCACUUGAGGCAUUAGAAGACUUGAGUACUGUACGAGCGCCAUCGGAAAUAGCUCGAGAAUCGCGCCGCGAAUUUUUCCGGAAUCAGCAAAAAGUGGUAACCGGACGAAUGCCCAUACUGGAUGAGACCGACAAGCAGACGCCGUCCCAUGAUGCAUAUGCAAAGAGCCGUGAAGUAUCUCGCUCCAUGCAGCAACGUCACCCUACCCCAAGCACUGGUCUAACGUCCCGUAAAGAUAUGAGACCAGAGAGUGGCGUAGAUACAAUAUUUCAUCUAUCUUUGGAAGAGGAAAGAAUGUACAAGACUUACAAAGCAACAUAUCCUAAGUAUCAAGGCACCGCUUUACACUUUCACAAAGCCUGCAAGCAGAUCAAAGCACUUCAGAAAGAGGGGAGAGCUCCGCAUCCAUCAUUGUGGGAUGAUUUCAUCUUUCGCCGGCAUCAUGACUAUCGAGACUAUCUCAUGUCGGUCACCGAAGCUUGUGAGGAUGCACUACCAUACCUACAGUAUUACACUGAGCACGUUGAGAAACCGUCGUAUAUGCAACUUGUCGUCAAGGCAUCCUACAUACUGUCACUUGGAACUGACUCCGCUCUCGGGUCAAGCGUAAAGAGCCCUUCCCUGGUAGCGCAGAACCAUGGCAACGCCGCGAACAAUCUUGAAGAUUCCAUAGCUGUGGGUAGCUCCGCAAGCAACGUUGAGCCUGCGCAGCACAUAAACUCACCAACUGUGGCUUGUGAUGAUGGUAAGAAACAGGACGUGGGCUACGAGCUCAAUUCAUACAAUCGGGACGAGACAGAGCCGACCCAAGAAUCUUGUGUAAAGCAAUGGGUUGAGGAGCUUUCGAUGGACAAGAUGAGUAGGAUGGAGUCGCCCGAGCUCGGUUCUCCUGUCGUAGCGACCAGGAAGGAAAGCAACCCACAGCGGGUCUUAGAUGACGCAGCCGAGGUGCCGGUAUCUUCAUCGCUUGAGCAUCAACCAGCAGUCCUUGAACAUAAAGAAGAGGAGUUGGCCUGGUGCGAUGACCCUAACACGCCAUUCAGGACCUUUGCUAGGACCUAUGCUACUCUGGCGAGCGAGAGAAAACAGCUCAAAGGGUCUGUUGAAAUAGGUGCGAAAGGUUGCUUGGAGCCUAAGCUGCAAAACUUGAUUGACAUCUUCACCCUUUAUAAGAAGUGA